CGUCGCCGCAACCAUGUAAAGAAGCCUCCUUCACCUAUCCCGCUGCUUCAAUUGUCACUAGGUAUGGCCAAAGACUACAAGGCCGCCAAAGAGGCCUUCGUCUCCAACCAUACGGGUGGCACCGUGUGGGAAAUCAACGCCGUCACCCUCGUCGCGCCGGCAGCGGUGCUCCUGUGGUCGGUUCUGCAGUCGCGCCAGUCCUUCUUCAGCCCAUACACCCCCGCCGCCUGCCUGACCGAUGUCUUGCUCAAUUGCAUCGCCAUCUUGCUCGCCACGACCGUGUACUCCUACUCGCCACUACUGCUUAAUGCCCUCCUCAUAUCACACGCCGUCUUCGCUGCCUUUGCCUCCGCGCCCGCCAACACUCAUGCCGCGCAUCCCCGCGCGCCCCCAGCCGCGACCAGCGACGCCGCGGCCAAGAACCCCCUGCCGCUGAAGCCCUUCGUCACGGCCUGGCGCGGCGCCAUGAUGGUCAUAACUUGCGUGGCGAUCCUGGCGGUCGACUUUCGCGUCUUCCCGCGCCGCUUCGCCAAAGUCGAGAACUGGGGCACAUCGCUGAUGGACAUGGGCGUUGGCGCCUUCGUCUUUUCUGCCGGCACCGUCUCCGCACGCAGCCUUUUGCGCCAGCAGAUCAACCGCACCCAGCUGCCAUUGGGACCGCGCCUUUGGGGUUCCUUCAGACACUCGCUCCCGCUGCUCGUUUUGGGCCUGAUUCGACUGUACAGCGUCAAGGGCCUCGACUACGCCGAGCACGUCACCGAGUAUGGCGUGCACUGGAACUUCUUUUUCACGCUCGGCCUGCUCCCCCCAUUCGUCGCGCUCUUCGAGAGUGCGUUCUCGCUCGUCCCGUCCUUCGCAGCGCUAUCCGUCCUCCUCUCCGUAGCCUACGAGCUCACCCUCAACCUCACCAACCUCAAAGCCUUCAUCCUCACCGCCCCGCGGACCGACCUCCUCUCCCAAAACCGCGAAGGCAUCUUCUCCUUCCUCGGCUACCUCGCCAUCUUCCUCGCCGGCCGCGCAACCGGCAUGUCGAUCCUGCCACGCGACGCAGCCGUGCCCACCCUGCGGGGCUCGCGGCGCCCCACCCCGCUCCCCACGCUGCUGCGCGCCGCCCUCGCCGAACUGCGCGCCGCCCUCCCCCAAACACGCGGCAACCCACUGGCGCUGCGCAGCGCGCCUCUCCCGCAAACCCAGCAGCUCGUCCAGCGCCUGCGUGCCUCGCCGCUCGCGCGCCUGUGCGCCCACGCCGCCGCCUGGUCCGCCCUCUACGCCCUCAGCACCGCCUACGCGGGCCUCAACCUCCGCGUCUCCCGCCGCCUCGCGAACCUGCCCUACGUGCUCUGGGUCGCGGCGUUCAACACCGCGCAGCUGGCGCUGUUCCGCGCUAUCCAGAGCGUGUUUUUCCCGGGCGUGGAAGAGGACGCCGGACAGCGCCGCGGGGCGGCUGCGGCGGCGACGCCGCGCGUCUUGCACGCGUUCAAUAGAAACGGCUUGGCGGUUUUCUUGCUGGCGAAUUUGCUGACUGGGUUGGUGAACUUGGCGUUGCCGACGCUGGAGAUGGGCACGCUGCCUGCGAUGGGGGUGUUGGUGGCUUAUGUGGCGGUUUUGGCGGGCGUAGCGUUGGGGUUGGAUGCGUGGGAUGUUUCGGUCAAGAUUUAGUUGCGUAGUUAGGGAGGUGUGGGUGCUUGAUGUUGGAGUUGGGGUGUAGGUACGGUGGUGCAUAUGUAUGUGUAGGUCUGCUAGACGGUCCUUGGAAUACAUCAGUGCACGCACGCACGC